AGGUCCUACACGCGCCCUGCCCCGACCGCCCCCGCUCCUCCUUCAGCGGCAGCAGCGCCUCGGGGUCGGGGAUCCCCCCACGCCCUUCUCCCGGUGACCGGCGGGGCCCGGGCCUGGGGGUGGCUGGCGGUGGCCUUGGGGGUCCUGGGUUGCCCAGCUGCCCUAGAUCUUUGAACCCCAACUGAGUCGUCGCCAACUUGGUUCAAGAUGCCACCGCCCGUCGGAGGCCCCGUGGGAUACACCCCUCCUGAAGGAGGAUGGGGAUGGGCCGUGGUCGUCGGAGCCUUCAUCUCCAUUGGAUUUUCCUAUGCCUUCCCCAAGUCCAUCACCGUGUUCUUCAAAGAGAUUGAGGUCAUCUUCAAUGCAUCCAGCAGCAAAGUCUCCUGGAUCUCGUCCAUCAUGCUGGCUGUUAUGUAUGCAGGAGGUCCCAUCAGCAGCAUCCUGGUGAACAAGUACGGCAGCAGGCCCAUCAUGAUCGCGGGCGGGUGCCUCUCGGGCUGCGGGCUGAUCGCAGCCUCCUUCUGCAACACGGUGGAGGAGCUCUACUUCUGUGUUGGGGUCAUAGGGGGCCUUGGACUCGCCUUCAACUUGAACCCAGCCUUAACCAUGAUCGGCAAGUACUUCUUCAAGAAGCGUCCCCUGGCCAACGGGCUGGCGAUGGCAGGAAGCCCUGUCUUCCUCUCCACCCUGGCGCCUGUCAACCAGAUGUUCUUUGGCAUAUUUGGCUGGCGUGGCAGCUUCCUCAUCCUCGGUGGCCUCCUGCUGAACUGCUGUGUGGCCGGAUCCCUGAUGAGGCCCAUAGGUCCCAAGCCAGAUCAGAGUAAGGAGGCGCAGCAGGAGGCUGGGAAGGCAGGGAAAAAGGAUGAUGGUGACACCAGCACAGACCUCAUCGAUGGCAAGAGCAAGAAAGAGAAGAGCUCGUUCUUCCAGACAAUCAACAAGUUCUUGGACCUGUCUCUGUUCACACACAGGGGCUUCCUGCUCUAUCUGUCAGGCAAUGUGAUCAUGUUCUUUGGGCUGUUCGCUCCCUUGGUCUUCCUCAGCAAUUAUGCAAAGAGCAAGAAGAUCCCUAGUGAGUCUGCAGCCUUCCUGCUCUCCAUCUUGGCCUUCGUGGACAUGGUGGCUAGACCUUCCAUGGGACUGGUGGCAAACACCAAGUGGAUCAGACCUCGCGUCCAGUAUUUCUUCGCCAUCUCUGUGAUUUACAACGGGGUUUGCCACCUCUUGGUCCCCAUGUCCACCACCUAUGCUGGCUUCUGCAUUUAUGCUGGAUUCUUUGGCUUUGCCUUUGGCUGGCUGAGCUCGAUCCUGUUUGAGACCCUGAUGGACCUGGUGGGAGCUCAGCGGUUCUCCAGCGCCGUCGGCCUGGUGACCAUCGUGGAGUGCUGCCCUGUGCUUCUGGGACCCCCUGUGCUAGGGAGGCUCAAUGACAUGUAUGGUGACUACAAGUACACGUACUGGGCCUGCGGGGUCGUCCUCAUCAUUGCUGGGAUCUACCUCUUCAUCGGGAUGGGCAUCAACUACCGCCUGGUGGCAAAGGAGCAGAAGGCGGAGAAGGCGAAGAAGGAAGGGAAGGAGGAGGAGACCAACGUGGACGAGCCCGAGAAGCCGAAAGAGGCGAACAACGACGUGGCCUCCUCGGCCCCCUCUCCUCAGAAGAGCUCUGAGGAUGUUGUCAAAGAGGAGGAGAGCCGCAUGUGAGGGACCGGUCUCAAUCCCGGAGUGUCAGUCGGGGAAGCGCUGCUGCCCUGGCGGGGCGGCCGGGGCACGGCUCUGCUGGCGCUGGGCGGCCGUGAGAAGUGUUUAAACCAGGUGUUCAUUUUUAAA